AUGUCUGCAUCUACUACAAGUUUAGAGGAAUAUCAAAAAACUUUCCUUGAACUGGGAUUAGAAUGCAAAGCACUAAGAUUUGGGUCAUUCAAGCUGAAUUCAGGCAGGCAGUCGCCAUAUUUUUUCAAUCUUAGUUUGUUCAAUUCUGGAAAGCUGUUGGCAAACCUUGCCACCGCGUAUGCAACUGCUAUCAUUCAAUCGGAGCUUAAAUUCGAUGUUAUUUUCGGACCUGCUUACAAAGGGAUCCCUUUGGCUGCUAUUGUAUGCGUUAAACUAGCAGAAAUCGGGGGCACUAAAUUUCAAGGUAUUCAAUAUGCUUUUAAUAGAAAGAAAGUUAAAGACCACGGCGAAGGUGGUAUUAUUGUUGGAGCAUCGCUUGAAGACAAGAGGGUGUUGAUUAUCGACGAUGUCAUGACUGCAGGAACUGCAAUCAAUGAAGCAUUUGAGAUAAUCAGUAUUGCUCAAGGUAGGGUAGUGGGUUGUAUUGUUGCUUUAGAUAGGCAAGAAGUGAUUCAUGAAUCUGAUCCGGAAAGAACAAGUGCUACCCAAUCUGUUUCAAAGAGAUACAACGUUCCUGUGCUAAGUAUUGUAUCACUGACUCAAGUGGUACAAUUUAUGGGAAAUAGACUAUCACCAGAGCAAAAAUCAGCGAUUGAAAACUACCGUAAGGCCUAUGGUAUAUGA